GGGCGGGGGCGGAACGCCGCCCGGCCGCGGGUCGGGCCCUGUGUCAGCAGCCCAGCAGACGCUCUUGGGGGGGACAUGGCGGGCUGUGUGGCCCGGCGGGCCCUGGCCGUGGGCAGCCGCUGGUGGUCCCGGUCGCUGACUGGGGCCCGGGGGCCAAGGCCGCUCUGUGCGGCGGGUGGAACUGGGGCCUUCUUACCAGCGGCGACCACGACGCGGAGGCACCUCUCGUCCCGAAACCGACCAGAAGGCAAAGUUUUGGAGACAGUUGGUGUGUUUGAGGUGCCAAAACAGAAUGGAAAGUAUGAGACGGGGCAGCUUUUCCUUCAUAGUGUUUUUGGCUACCGAGGUGUCGUCCUAUUUCCCUGGCAGGCCAGGCUAUAUGACCGGGAUGUGGCUUCUGCAGCUCCAGAAAAAGCAGAGAAUCCUGCUGGCCACGGCUCUAAGGAGGUGAAAGGCAAAACUCACACUUACUAUCAGGUGCUGAUUGAUGCCCGAGACUGUCCACAUAUAUCUCAGAGGUCUCAGACAGAAGCUGUGACUUUCUUGGCAAACCAUGAUGACAGCCGGGCCCUCUAUGCCAUCCCAGGCCUGGACUAUGUGAGCCAUGAAGACAUCCUCCCCUACACCUCCACUGAUCAAGUUCCCAUCCAGCACGAGCUCUUUGAAAGAUUUCUUCUCUAUGACCAGACAAAAGCACCCCCCUUUGUGGCUCGGGAGACACUACGGGCGUGGCAAGAGAAGAAUCACCCCUGGCUGGAGCUCUCCGAUGUCCAUCGGGAAACAACCGAGAAUAUCCGUGUUACUGUCAUCCCCUUUUACAUGGGCAUGAGGGAAGCCCAGAAUUCCCACGUCUACUGGUGGCGCUACUGUAUCCGCUUGGAGAACCUUGACAGUGACGUGGUACAGCUCCGGGAGCGACACUGGAGGAUAUUCAGUCUAUCUGGCACCUUGGAGACAGUGCGAGGCCGAGGGGUGGUGGGCAGGGAACCAGUGUUAUCCAAGGAGCAGCCUGCGUUCCAGUACAGCAGCCACGUCUCCCUGCAAGCUUCCAGUGGGCAUAUGUGGGGUACGUUCCGCUUCGAGAGGCCUGAUGGCUCCCACUUCGAUGUCCGGAUCCCUCCCUUCUCCCUGGAAAGCAAUAAAGAUGAGAAGACACCACCCUCAGGCCUUCACUGGUAGGCCAGCUGAAGCCCUGAGUGGCCAGGCUCAGUCCCCAAAGAACAGCUCUCAUCCUACAAUUGCUGCAGAACUCUCUCCAUCAUGGGCCACCAUGGGUCUCUUAAUUGUUUGCGCCAUUUGAAUAUGGGGUUCUUUUUUUGGUGGGUGGGCUAUAACUGUUUUUCUCCAGAAGACCCAUGUAGGACUCCUCCAAGGUUGGCCUCCUCUGUAAGCCCUGCCUACACUGUGUUCCAGUAGACCUUUCCACCAGGAACUCUGUGUUCAGCUGCCACAGGCCUGGAGGAGUUUCCUGGUCUGUCACACAAGUUGUUUGGAAUGUGAGGUUUGGUAAAUAAACCAGUGCACGCUUGGCCACCCUUGCCAUUUUUGCCCCCAGGGUCUCAGGCUCCAUUUUUGACCCAGUGGGGGCCCUUGAUCGCUUUCCUUGCUCUCCUUCCAGGAAGCUCCCCCUUUCACUAGGGUAUAUAUUUCCCUUCUGAGGGUUGGGGUUGGCUAGACAUCUCCCAGGGUCACUGUGUCGCUCAGUCAGUGAGGUGGGGGCUGGGCUGGACUCCUGUUCUCUUCUUUACUUCUGCCAAGUGCAGAGUGAGAGGCCAACAUCAGGGUCAGAGGAGUGGCCUGGCUUUUUUUUUUUAAUUAAUCCUCACCGGAGGGUAUUUUUUCCAUUGAUAUUUAGGGAGAGUGGGAGGAAGGAAACAUCGAUGUGGAUAUACAUUGAUUGGAUGCCUCCCACGCGUGCCUGGCCAGGGCCAGGGAUCAAACCUACAACCCAGAUAUGUGCCCUUGCCCCAGAACUGAUCCUGUGACCUUUCUGUGUGCAGGCCAGUGUUCUAACCACUGAGAAACAUUGGCCAGAGAUGGCCUGGCUCUUAGUGCUGGCCAACCAUUUCUGGCCUCACUGGGCCUGGCAGGGGAAUGAGGCAAGCAACCGUUUCCUGGAGCAAUGGGCUUGCAAGCCACGAGCACAGAUUUGUCUUCAGACUACAAAUGCAGAAAUUCAACCAACAAGUGUAAAAUACCUGAGGCACUUUAGGUAUGGGUGGUGACUAAGCUAAGCUAUUUUCUGAGCUUUUCACAGAUCUCCAAGAGCCAGAGAUGAAAUAUGCUGCAUUUUGCCCUGAUUCUUAGGGUUCCUGCUCCCCUGCUACUAUAGUGAUUGUUAAAGAGGUCAUUUUAUUCUUGAAUUAAUAUUAAAUCAGUUCCAGCCCUAA